ACAAAGGAUGCGGGGACAGCCUGAGAAAUGCGCUUUUGAAUAGACAUCCAAACACACAAUUUCUUCGACGCUUAGAGAUUAUAUACUCAUCCACUCGGUCUUGAACUGCAAAAUGGCAGCUAAAACCACGUACCGAGAGCGAGCCAUCCCCAGAAUAUCGCUUUCCGACUUCGAGAACAAUAUCGACGCCAUCACCGCCCAACUAUGCGACGCCUCUGAGAACGUCGGAUUCUUCUCCAUCGUCGACCAUGGCAUCUCGAUUCAAGAGAUCGAGGACAUGUUUGCUCAAUCUCAGAGCUUCUUUGCCCUGCCUGACGAUGUGAAAGCAACGGUCCCAUGGUCCCCCAACAAUGUCGGAUGGGAGAAGAAUUCCCAAAUUCGACCCUCUACCGGUGCCCCGGACACGAAAGAGUCUUAUCAGCUGCAGUUCGGGUCCUAUAUGAACGACACCUGGAUCUCCCCCUCACACCUCCCCGAGUUUAAGGAGAAGAGCCUGGCCUUCAUGAAUCGCGUGCGUCAGGUCUCGGAGCUGCUCAUGAUCUGCUUCGCACGCGGCUUGGGCUUCCCUGAUGACUACUUCAUCAAGCUUCACGAUGUCAGCCGGGAGAACGUGCAGUCGGUGCUACGACUCCUACACUACUUUGAGCUCCCAGAGGUGUCGGACGGGAAGGUAUACCACCGGGCUGGUGCACACGCGGACUGGGGUUUCUUGACGCUGCUAUUCCAGCGCGAGGGCCAAAGCGGGCUGGAGAUAUGCCCAGGACGCGAGGUCGUGACAGAAUUCGCACAGGGUGAUACCUGGUCGAAGGUGCAUCUUGAAGCUGGAGAUAUAGUCUGCAACAUCGGGGAUCUCCUAAUGUCGUGGUCAGACGAUCGAUUCAAGUCGACCUUCCACAGGGUCAAGGCGCCGUGCGAGCCAGGCGAUUAUUUCGGGCCGAGGUACAGCAUGGCCUAUUUCAACCAGCCAUGUUCAGACGCUGUCAUCCAAGGUCCUAAGAAGAAGUAUCCUCCUGUUACUGGUGCGGAGUUCACAGCGAGCGCAAUGAAGCGGAACUUCGCAGUUCUAGCGGCAAAGAGACAGCAAUUGGAAGAGGAAGAUCUGAAAGCUAAAUCGAUAGCACCUACCACUGGUACAUCUGUGGCGGCUGGCGCCUGAGACGAGUGUUUUCUAGCAUAGUGACAGUAGGUCGUGUCAAGCAAAAAAGAUAGUUUUCUUCAUUGACGGUCUUGGUACGGUCUACUUACUUCUAUAACUUCAUAACUGUACGCCAUAAGGCACUUCAAUCCCCCUAAAAGCAGUACUUCAGAUACCACAAUGAAUGUUUCAAAAAUUUCGACUCCGU